AUAAAAGAGCUCUAUUUCUUUUGUGACAAGAUUCUUGGUCUCAUACUCGAACCCUAAACAAUAAAUCUGCCGCAUUCACAAACACCUUAGAUUUGUUGCAUUAAUUAUAUAAAUAAUUUAUAUGUAUCGUUAUCGUGAGUAGUCUUUUUGAGAAAAUCCAUGAUUUUGAUUUUUUAAUUAUUUUUGAUAUUUUAUAAGAGUGAGCACACAAAAAUGAAAGUAUAAUAAAAUUUUAUAAUAAUAACGUAGUUCUUGGAAUUUAAAAAAGGAUAGGUGAGAUGUAUAAUUAAAUGUGUGAUCAAUAUAAAAAGAAUCUUUUACAAGUUGGAAAAGUAUAUAACAAGUGUUGCAAAUGGCAAUAGUAAAACAUGGAAUACUCAGACACACACACACACACUAUAUUAUACAUAUACGUGUAUAAAUGUUAUACAAUAGUGAAAGCCUCUUUAAUCCAGUGAUUUAACUAAAUGUUCAUUAAUGCUUUUACACCAGCAGAUACAAGGUUUCGGAGAAAACGAUUUAUUAAAUAAUUAUAAAGAGGUUACGGAAAAAAAGCUUACAAAACAUCUUUAACAUGGUGCAAGUAAACUCAGUCAGGCGAUCAGAUAGCAUUAUCGAUUGUCGAAUCGUCUAUGUAAUAUUUUUAUAAUUAUAAUAUCUUAAUAAAUCACUGUUGAAAAAUGUUAUACAAUAACAAGAAGAAAGUAAGAGAGAGAAGGGAAACCAUAACAAAAAGUAACAGUAAAGACCAAGACUAAUAAAAACAACAUGCCAAAUAGUGUCUUCGUGGAACCAAAAUUGCACGCAGCAGAACCGUAAAACAAAAUUUGAUACGUAGCAUUUAUUAGGGCGAGAUUGUUUAUUGAAGUAUACUAGUGCUCGUUAAUCAUUUGAUCGUUUAUAGUAUUAAGAUUAUAAUUAUUUAAAGUGAAAUAAAAUUAUAUCCCUAAACCCGCGACAAUAUUAUCUCAUUUCUCCUCCUAUCCCAACCAUCUACGAUUUGUAUUCCUUGGACAGAUCUGAUUUCUUCGGCAAAUUAAAAAUAUUUUUUGUAUGGUUACUUAAUUAAAAGAAUAUUUUAUGUAAGGAGAAAAAAAGAAAGAAGAAACUAUAAGAUAAUGGUAAAAGGACAAUAAGGUCACAUGAACUGAACCAGAUGAUUCAAGGGUCCCUCUAAAUUGGUUCUCUCUUGCCCAUAUCUCCAGCAUGCUCAUCAUAAUUCUCUCCUUUUUCUCUCAUUCUUCUAAGUCUAGAAAAAUCUUAACAAGACCUUUUUUUUUUUCUUUCAUCUACAGCUAUAAGCUAUUGCAUAAAACAGUGAGAAAUAGCGAAGAAAGAGAGAGGGAGAGAGAGAUGGUGAUGAUGAUCAGUGAAGUUAGGCAAAACCAAAAUUCUAUUUAUGUAUAAUUAGGUCAAUCACAUCACCAAUUUAACCUUUUCCUCCUCCAAUUCUUCUCCUCUUCUUCCAAAAUUAGGGUUUUUUUUUCUUCUUUUCUCAAUUCCUGAGACACCCAUCGGAUUUCUCAUCAGAAAUGCUGUGAAAUCAUCCACUUGAAGUCAAGACCAUAAUCUUGGCCACACCAUAAAGAGAUCUGAGUUCUAUAUAAGAUGAUGACAAAUUUGUCUCUUGCAAGAGAAGGAGAAGAAGAAGAAGAAGAGGCAGGAGCAAAGAAGCCCACAGAAGAAGUGGAGAGAGAGCACAUGUUCGACAAAGUGGUGACUCCAAGUGACGUCGGGAAACUAAACCGACUCGUGAUCCCAAAGCAACACGCGGAGAGAUACUUCCCUUUAGAUUCAUCCACAAACGAGAAGGGUUUGAUUCUAAACUUCGAAGAUCUCACGGGAAAGUCAUGGAGGUUCCGUUACUCUUACUGGAACAGCAGUCAGAGCUAUGUCAUGACUAAAGGUUGGAGCCGUUUCGUUAAAGACAAGAAGCUAGACGCUGGAGAUAUUGUCUCUUUCCUGAGAUGUGUCGGAGACACAGGAAGGGACAGCCGCUUGUUUAUCGAUUGGAGGAGACGACCUAAAGUCCCUGACUACACGACAUCGACUUCUCACUUUCCUGCCGGAGCUAUGUUCCCUAGGUUUUACAGUUUUCAGACAGCAACUACUUCCACAAGUUACAAUCCCUAUAAUCAUCAGCAGCCACGUCAUCAUCACAGUGGUUACUGUUAUCCUCAAAUCCCGAGAGAAUUUGGAUAUGGGUAUGUCGUUAGGUCAGUAGAUCAGAGGGCGGUGGUGGCUGAUCCGUUAGUGAUCGAAUCUGUGCCGGUGAUGAUGCACGGAGGAGCUCGAGUGAACCAGGCGGCUGUUGGAACGGCCGGGAAAAGGCUGAGGCUUUUUGGAGUCGAUAUGGAAUGUGGCGAGAGUGGAGUAACAAACAGUACGGAGGAAGAAUCUUCAUCUUCCGGUGGGAGUUUGCCACGUGGCGGUGCUUCUCCGUCUUCCUCUAUGUUUCAGCUGAGGCUUGGAAACAGCAGUGAAGAUGAUCACUUAUUUAAGAAAGGAAAGUCUUCAUUGCCUUUUAAUUUGGAUCAAUAAUGAUGAUGAGAUGAGAUGAGUUGGUAUUUUAAACACACACAUAAUUCUACUUAUGUGACAACAUAUUGCUUCGAUUUCAUUAUGAAGUUAUUGAGAAGUGAUAUAACACGUUUCGAUGAUAUGCAUUUAUAGUCCGUUAUACUAAUAGAUAAAUUUUAUGGAUUCGAAUAGUCUUUUGUCGAGUGUUCUUGAAAAUGUUUAUUCUUGUAUAUAGAUGAAGUACCUUAAGGAUUUGCAAAUCUUUAUUUAUUUUCGAUUCUCUCAA